AUGACCAAGGCUGGCCUCCUUGCCAUCAGUCUCGGUCUUGGUGCCGAGAAGCUGGGACGUACCAUAUCCGAGAAAAGACUCGAGCGUAAGGAGAAGAAGGCUAUUGCUAAUAGCAGGACGGAAAAGAAACGCGAGGAGGCUCAGCGCGCACUGGAUGAAGCUCGUCGAGAGCCACCAAGUGCGCCACAGUACGAAAGGAGACGUCGAAGUAUGGAGACAGAGAGGGUCAGUAGUGAGGAACCGCCGCCGAGUUACGAUGAUGCAGUACGUCACCGUGGAAAGCGCUCUUGA